AUGACAAAAGCGCAUCGGAGGUAUUCGCAGGCAUUGUUUAUUCUCUUUUCGAUACCUCAUAGGGUCCUCGACCUUCACGUCAUCAGACCUCAGACCUGCAGCAGGCUGGUUCUUUAUAUGAAUGUGUUCACGGUAGAAGAUAGAGAGGUGAACAAUCGUCUACAAUUGGCCGAAUCGUUCGUGGCGCAUCUCUUCACCUGUUUACGCAGAUAUCAAGGUCGCCUCCUAAAUAUUGCGAGGAAGAUCCGGAGUAUAGUGCUUACUUUGUGUGUCUUAAAGGCCCAGGCCCAGGUGACGAGCAGCUAUGACCCGGACAGGCGGAUUGCUCGCACAGCUGAUACCGUUGUCACCGGACGCUCUCCCCAGGAAAGGACUGGAUACUUCUCUAAUAACGUGUCUGAUCCAAUUUUGGAUCCACGAUUGUAUUCCAGGACUACGUUCACACGUCUUCCAUUCUCUCUGUUUCCCGCUUCCCAAGCUGAGUCGUCAUCUAAAGGCGCUUAUCUGAGUCUCCGUCUUGGCGCAUUGAACGUUUGGAGAUACUAUCACAACGGCCUCUCGAGUCGUCAUAGAAGGCAAGAGCGGUACCAAGAGAAUCAGAGGACAUUUCUUCUUACCUUCAUCGGAGAGCUGGGCUCUAAUGCACCGAGUAUAGUUGACAAGACAGCCAAGGAGUCCCAGCUAGGUAAGAAUUCCGAGUUAAAACGCUUUCAAACUUCCACGAAUGCAUCAUUCCCCCCACUAUGGCGCCUUAUCGGACUCCGAGGUCCAGGUCAAGGGCAGCCUGAUGAUGAUAUCCUGGGAUCCGGGUACCAGAAACCGCCUGUUUUCAGCUCUUGGCGCUCCGUGUGUCGAGGUAAUGAAUCCAACCUAUCGGGGCCACGGGUUCACAUGGGAGAAUUCCACGGUGAGUGCGUGUGCUUUGAACAUCACCCUCGGCGCAAACAUGACCCUAUGAAACGUUUCUUUAAACACGCUUCUUUCAUAUUUCGUCCUAAUGGUCCUUUCUCUUCUUCCGCUAUGAUCCGCCUAUUCAUUUCGCCUAGUGCUCGGAUGCGGCCGGAUGCAGUUGUUGGAAAUGAAAAGUUCUUCGCCGAUCUCGGAGUUUUAAUCCCCUUUUCAAAUCGUGCCUCGUUCUUUUCAAACGGCUUCGGAUCCGUGAGAGAUGUUGGCCUUCCCUAG